AUUAUUUAUAAAACCUUCUUUAAAUUAUUAUUAAAUCACAUAUAAUAAAAUUUCAUCCCAAUUUAUUUACAACAAAUUUAAGUCCUACAAUUCCCUCCAACCUCCUUUCAACUUAUAAAUAUAUGUUGCUUCCUAGUUUCACGCCUGUACUACACUUCACCUACCAAGUUAACAGAAACAACUUUCAUUGCUAAUCCCUACCUAUAUAUACUCUCUUGUAAUUAUAAUGAUGAAAUUUCUUUAUUUCUUAUGUUAUCUUUGCAUCAUAUAAUUAAUUUCCUAGAGAUGGAUGAUGCUGGAUGAUCUGAGGUGAGAUUACUCGAAUCGUAUGUCGAAAACUCUUACAAACAUUGUUAUCACCUCAAGAGUAGUAAGCUUAUUGCAUGGAUUUUUGCUUCCAUAUAAUUUGCUUUCUACUUUGUUCUUGGUUUGCUCUGCUUCUAUAUGUCAUACUUUGUUUUGUCGUCGAAAAACGUAGCUGUCUAAGGAGAAAAAGAGGGAAAUACUCUUUUUUACCAGAUAAAAUGAGCAUUGCGUCAAGCCCUAUGGAUAGUUUAAGGCAACUGGUGAACUCCAAGACUUGGGACUACUGUGUCCUCUGGAAAUUAAGCGAAGAUCAAAGGUUCCUAGAGUUUAUGGACUGCUGUUGUGCUGGAAGCGAAGGCAGCAUGGAAAAUGGCAAUACCGUUGGUGAAGAGCUUCUGUUUCCUUGCAGAGAUAUGACAUUUCAGCACCCUAGAACAAGGAGUUGUGAAUUACUUGCUCAAUUGCCCUCUUCUCAUCCCUGGGACGGGAUUAAUAUGGAGAUCCUUAUAUCAAAUCAGCCGAAAUGGCUAAACUUCUCAAAUGUCUCUGAUAUAAACGUAAAUGAAGUAUCGACGGGUACAAAACUUCUGAUCCCAAUUCCUGGUGGACUGGCUGAACUAUUUGCUGCUAAACAAAUCAAUGAAGAUCAGUAUGUCAUAGACUAUGUAAUGACUCAAUGCACCACCUUGAUGGACCAAGCAGCAAUAAGCAGCUCGAGCAAUGCGGGUCCCAGCUUCACGAUGGACAUUAACAUGAUCAACGAGCUCCAAUCGAAUCCAACAUUAUCUGAUCAAAACAAUGCUAUGAGCAUCAACAAUGAAUCUCAGUCUUCAAUGAAUUUCUUGCAACAAUUUAACUAUGUUUCAGAUACAAACAAGAUGUCUAGGACUGAUUUUCUCGACGAAGCAAAUGACUCAUUUCAAGCUGAGAAUCAUCACCAAUUAAACUCCUUCAAGUCCUUAUCAGAGAAUGGGUUUGAAGAUCUUAUGAACAAUGCUAACAGUAUGCAUAAUAUGCAUGUUUUGGAUCAUUCAGCAAAUGAUCAUCAGCAUGUAGAUGAGAAGGGGCCUCCACCUAAGCAUGAGAUGGGCCGUGCUGACUCUGUCUCGGAUAGUGAUCCACUUGAUGACGAUGAUGAUCCAAAGUAUCAUCGACGAAAGCUCACAAAAGGCCCUCAAUCUAAGAACCUCAUGGCUGAGAGGAAGCGGAGGAAGAAGCUUAACGAGAGGCUUUACCAUCUUCGGUCUCUAGUCCCUAACAUUUCCAAGUUGGAUAGAGCUUCGAUACUUGGGGAUGCAAUCAAGUAUGUGCAAGAGCUGCAGAAGGAAGAAAAAGACCUUCAAAACGAGCUUGCGAGGAAUUCAGAUGAUGAAGAUCACAACAAUGAUAUGAAUAUUGAUCAUGCACAACAUCAUCAUCACCAACUUCAUCAAAUGAAUUACUCACCAGAAGUUCAAAAUGCACAAGGGACAAGGUAUGGGCCAGAUUUUGAUCACGGAAAGCCUAGAAACGGGUUUCACAUGGGAGGAGCAUCUGAAAGCUUCAAUAGAAGCAGCCAUGAUUUUGAAAGUGCUAGUGACAAAGCACAACAAAUGGAGGUUCAAGUGGAAGUUGCGCAGCUAGAGGGGAAUGAUUUCUUUGUGAAGGUGUUUGGUGAGCAAAAGAGAGGUGGGUUUGUGAGACUAAUGGAGGCUUUACAUUGUCUUGGGUUGGAGAUAAUCAAUGUGAAUAUGACCAGUUGCAUCAGUCUUGUCUCUUAUGUAUUCAUUGUUAAGAAGAGGGACCGUGAAAGUGUACAAGCAGAGUACCUGAGGGAUUCGUUGCUGGAGGCAACGCGUAACCAAGCUGGAUUUUGGUCUGAGAUGGCGAAGGCAUCAUCAGAGAAUGGAAGUGGCAUCGAUCAUCGACAUCAGAAUCAGAUUUACGCGCUGCAGCACCACAUUCACAACCGCCAUAUAGGACCUUUCCACAACCACUUUCACCACCUCAGUAACUAAGAUACAAGGGUGCUUUUUCUGAGGCAAAACUAAUAAAGCUUAAGCAGCUUAAUAUUCUCUUUUUUCUUUCUUUUUAUGUAAUACUCCAAAUAUGAAGUCCUAAUUGUAGCAUCUCUGCUGUUUUUUAACUCGUGAAUAAAGAUGUAAAGCAACAUCUAGGGCUUAACAUUAUCAGCACUUGCCCUGCCUUUAUUUGUUGA